AUGGUGACUUAUAACUCUUCGACCAAGAUCUCCGAUCUUUUGGAGGUUCCUGCGGGUGUUAAUCUCAAAGAUGAUGCCUCUGGUAGAGAUGAUGCCGCCCUUGUGGUUGUAUUUGUGGUCGCCGUCAUUGUUAUGAUCAUUCGAUUUGCUGUUCGACUACGCACAAGUUCUGGAAAGUCAAGAUUGCGACUCGAUGACUGGUUGAUGUUGGCAGCUAUGAUCCCAUUAACUGUCAUCUUUGCUGUUACUUUCGUCGUCACUCACUUGGGUCUGGGAAAACAUGUUUGGAAUACUACAGUCGGUCAUCUCGAGACCAUGGAAAAGUUACUUUACGCCUCAUUAAUCGUCUAUACUUUCCUACUCUGGGAAAUCAAAAUGGCCGUCCUCAGUUUCUACCGUCGCGUCUUCGGCAUGAACUUUUUAAACUACUUGGCGAUUUUCUUUUCGACAGGAUGGUUCGUCGGAAGUUUGAUCGCCCUUUUACUGGCUCCUGCGCCCAUCUCCUACUUCUGGACUGAGUUCAACGAUCAAUUCACCAAUGUUUCAACCGGUCACUACCGAUUCACCUUCUACAACUGGUACAUCGGCAAUGCGGCCACCAACGUUGUUGGCGACUUCCUGGUCUUGAUCGUCCCUAUUCCUAUUGUUUGGAGCUUGAAGAUGCGAACUGCACAGAAGGUCAUGGUCUCCAUGGUUCUGUUCCUGGGUUCUCUUGUCUUCGCGGCUAGUAUUGUCCGUAUCCACUACCUAACCAAGGUUAAAGGCCAAGGCCUUAUCGACGUUACCUGGUCUAUGGCACCCGUCUGUCUGUGGUCUACACUAGAACCCUGUCUAUCCGUGAUCAGUGCCUCCCUCCCAACAAUCCAACCCAUCGUUCAAUGGGCCCUGAAAGUCGAACACAGCAUGUACCUCCGCAAACACAUGCCCAUCAAGCGCACCCGAUCCUCCAUCCUGGGUCUACACAAGAGCGGCGAUAGCAUCGGCACGGAGCGAAGUGGUCGUGGUAGCCCUAUUAAGGCGAUGGAUAAGGAAGAUGAUGUGAUUCGGUUAUUCACACAUGCGGCGCAUGUUGAAGCGGAUCCUACGUCAAAUGAUCGUACGCGCAGGGCUACGAAUAAUUUGGAGGAAUAUUUGGGUACCAACUAUAUUCGCGUGCAACACGAUGUUACUGUUUCAUAUGAAUGA